CGGAGGGAGGGCCAGAUGCUGUGGCUGAAGCCUUCUGCGGGGCGGGGCGCGGAGGGAACUUGCUGGGGCGCGCUGAACCUCCUCACUGAGCUGGGGCCCCCAGCUGCUCAGGACCCCAGGAGCCACAGGCAGCCCCACCCAGUCAGCCAAGGGCCGGGCGCUGCAGCUGGGGAUGCAUUGUGAAGUGGCCCUGCUUACUGCAGGGGGGCCGGAGGGCAGAGGUGGGGCGGGCGGGGUCCGGGGCUGCUCCGCUCCCCCCUGGGCCUCCCCCCACCAUGGGCAGCGCCUACCACUGGGAGGCCCGGCGCCGGCAGAUGGCUCUGGACCGCAGGCAGAGGCUGCUGGUCCAGCAAGAGCAGCAGCAGCAGCAGGAACUGCAGAAAGACCGAAAGGAGGACCGUCACCCCGAGCAGAGACCCCCGCCACCACCAGAGCCCAAGGAGCAGCCACCGCCGCCACCAGCCCAGCCGCCCCCGCCCCCGCCAGGGGGCCAGGGCACCCUGCCGCAGUGCUCCCUGAGGCCCAGCCCUGGGCCGGGGCAGCCCCCGGGCGUGGACUGCAGACUCCAAGCCUGGCCGCCCAUCCUUCCUGGACCCGGACCCGGCUCCACAAACCCGUGCCAGCCUGGCCCUGCCAAAGGGACCAAGUAUACACGCCUCACGUCAAUUGAUUACCUCCAGCAGUGGUGACCCAGACCUGGACGGCGGGACCCCUGGGACUGCGCCGAGAACAGACCAGCAGCCUCGCCUCUGACCACCGCCAGGGGGCGCAAGGGAGCCCUCGUGCUAGGAAGCGCGGGCUGCAGUAAAGCACAGCUCCUGGAGUCCUGCCUCGCCAGCUUUGUGGGGCGAGGGAGCCGAGCCGAGGAGGCCAUUCCA